AACAAACCAUUUCAUCAAUCAGCUUCAUUUUACAAAUCACACAACAUCAAGAUUCAAGAUCAAGAUCAAGAUCAAUUACUUAAUCCUCUUAAGAUGAACAUGAGCAGAGUUGAACAACAAGUCAUUAGAUUUCCAGCGGCAAAGACUACUCCGGUGGGUUACUUACCUGAUGAGGCUUCAAUUAACAAGCUCCGAGUUUCGGCUUCUUCCAAGAAAUCUGAACAAAGCAACGAAAAAUCGAUUCUUAAAAGGAAGAAAACCACCGAUGGUUUCACCAAUGGAGCUAGAGACCAGAGCAAGCUAAGACCAAAGCUAACUGAAACAGUGAAGAGAAAGCUAUCUUUGGGCGCUAGGAUUCUUCAGGUUGGAGGUUUAGAGAAGAUCUUCAAGCGACUCUUUAGAGUCAGUGAAGGUGAGAAACUGUUCAAAAUGUACCAGUGUUACUUGUCGACAACCGCAGGUCCCAUCGCCGGCCUUCUAUUCAUCUCGUCCAAGAAAAUGGCGUUCUGCAGCGAGAGAUCGAUAAAGGUGGAUUCCCCUCAAGGAGACAUGAUCCGGGUUCACUACAAAGUGUCAAUCCCCUUGUGCAAGAUCGACAGAGUGAACCAGAGUCAGAACGCAAAGAAACCAUCACAGAAGUACCUAGAAGUAGUCACGGUCGACGGUUUUGACUUCUGGUUAAUGGGAUUCAUGAGCUACCAGAAAGCUUUCAAUUGCCUUGAGAAGGCUCUUUCUCUGAACUUUGAUGACAACAAAGAGCAAUAAAGCCGUGAUUUCGGAGAAGCUAUGGAGUUUACAAGAAAUAUUUCAUUUCUUCUUUCCUUUCUUGAUUGAUCAGAAAAUAGUCCUAGAAAGACAGAAAAUUACUGUACAAACUCAAAUUCUUUUUUCUUUUCCAUUGUAGACAAAUAUCAGAUGAAUAUAUUAAUUCAUUUAUC